UUUCUUUGUUCAGCAAUGGAUGUCAGACUCAGAUCUGAGGAGGACUUUUGUGCAGACGAGUUCUUUAACCGUUUGCAGCGGCUGAAGUCAGAAGGUCACCUGGUGGACGUGACCCUGUGUGCAGAAGGUAAGGAGAUCCCGUGUCACCGCCUGGUCCUGUCCGCCUGCUCCGACUACUUCCACGCCAUGUUCGGCGGAGCCCACAGCGAGAGUAAGAAGGACAGGAUAGAGAUAGGAGGGGUGACUGCAGAGGCACUACAGCUGUUAGUGGACUUCGCCUACCUGCCCAAGUUCAACAUCACCUCAGACAAUGUCCAUCAGCAACUUGAAGCAGCCAACAUGCUGCAGGUCAAGCCUGUGGAAGACGCUUGUGAGAAGUUUCUCAUCAACAACUUGAGUCCGGACACGUGUCUGGGAAUGUGGGCUUUCGCAGACAAGCUGUCGUGUGUGAAAUUAUCUGCCGUGGCGAGACGCCAUGCUCUUAAGAAUUUUGCAGAAGUGUGUAAGACUGAGGAGUUCCUUCAGCUGCCUGUCGACCUCCUGAAGGUUUACAUCUCAGAUCAGGGCCUACAAGUAAAGAAAGAGGAACGAGUGUUGGAUGCAGUCCUCCUUUGGGGAAGGCAUGCUUUUAAGCAACGGCAGAGACACCUAAAGGAACUGUUGGAGUGUGUUUGUUUCUCAUAUGUUGACCGGGACCACCUUAAGAACAUUGUAGAGUCAGACAAGAUGCUAGCUGGUGUUCCUGGAAUCAAGGAACUGAUCAAGGAUAGAUCUAGCCAUGGAAAGUCUCGCCGCAUUCAACAAGAAGACAUUCUCCUCAUUGGUGGAAACACAGGCGAUCGUUAUGAUACACCAGUUGUAAACUGUGACAUAUACAGACUUGACCUUCACUUUGAUACUCUAGACAAGGCUCCAUUGCCAGAGCUUCUUCAGAACAAGGAGGGGAGUGCAGCAUGUGUUCUAGACAAUGAUGUGAUAGUGACAGGAGGGUACAAAUCUAUGUCUAAAGUGUGGAGGUACAAGCCAUCUCUGAAUUCUUGGACCAGCUUGGCGUCUCUGAAGAAAGGAAGGAAAAAUCAUGGAAUGACGGUUCUUAACGGAGAGGUGUAUGUUGUUGGCGGUGAGAAUCGUGAGUUGCUACAUGAUGUUGAAGUGUACAGGGAGAAGACCAACAAGUGGACAAAGUUAGCACCACUGAUACAGGCUGUCAGCAGGUUUGGUAUAGCUGCCUGUUGUGAGAAGGUCUAUAUACUUGGUGGCGAAAGUUAUGAAGAGUAUGAUCGGUCCAGAGCAACCAACUCUGUUCAGUGCUACGAUUCCACCCAAAAGAUGUGGAAGUUCGCCACACCGUUGCCAAAUGCAUUAGCAGAUAUAAGAGCAUGCUCUGUCAAUUCUAGGAUCUAUUUGGUAGGUGGAGGGCUUUGGUCUUUAGACUCGGUCCUCUGCUACAAGCCACAGGAAGAUCUUUAUGAGAAGAUGGCUGAUAAGUUGGACCAGUGGAGUAACUGCAGUGUCACCGUGUGUGGUUCGGUGAUCUACAUCACCGGUGGCCGGAAGAAUGUUGUUUGGAACAAUGAAGUUGAACGCUUCUCUACCGUUCAGUGUUACGACACAGACAGUGACACCAUGGUCUUGGGUAAAGAUUUGCCAAUGCCACUGUGUGGACACCACAUUGUAACAGUGCCAAAGCAGUAGUAAGCUGGUAACACUUGUUUGUGAAUUUGAAUGAAGAAAGAAGGAAAGAGCUACAUAAAGGCUGUAAAAAGACAUUGGCAUUUUGAUAUUGGUUAACUUUUCUCACUGGACCAGCCAUAUUGGUGAUGGUGAGGAUUCAUUAUAUAUCGGUAUUGCUUUGUACUGUAACAGAUUUGUUAAGAGACUGUUAUAACCCAAGCUAGCACUAAAUGUAAGGAAAAUGUCAUUAGUCACAGCGGUUUUAUUUUUACAGAGAAAGUUUUUAGUUCUAGAAAAGAAUGGUAUUGACCAGUAAGCAAAGUGUAAGCUGUCAACAAUUUAGUCUGACCGCAAUGGGAAAGCUUUACCCAAUGCAGUUAUAUACCAGGCAGUUAUAUAGACUGUCCAUCUAGCCGUUGUUUGUUCUGUCAUGGGCUUUUGUAUUUAAAAAAAAUGUUCUAUAGUACAUGUAUCAUGUUUUGUCAGUUUCAUAGGGGUAGUGGUAUUGUUUUCAAUUGACAGCUUGAAACUUAGAACAGACCAGAACAUUACUGCAUUGAUAACAGCCAUUUGACUAUUUAUUGACACUAAUGUCCCUUUAUAAACAUAUACCAUAUAUUAACUUAUGUAGUGUUUGAAUAACAAAGCUGGUAGGAUAGUAAUUUGAUACAAAUGUACUAAUUUUUGCAGCUAAUAAAUAGAAAAUGUGUCUUA